AUGCAAAUCACCAAGUUGCCUGGAAUCAAACUCACAGCGAGUUUUAACAUUUGCACAUGGAGAAACAACCCAUCACAUUGGUCCCAUUCAAUAAGGAACCACAUUGAGAAAGGAUCAUGUUUAGGGGCUCUUGUUGUGUAUAACCAAAUCCGACAUGUAGUAUGCGACUCCACUGUGGUCCCUCUGUUACUGAAGGUUUGCGCUUCUCUUCGCUUCCUUAAUUACGUGAAGGCCUUGCAUGCAGAGUCCAUCAAGGCCGGUUCAGACACCGACAUGUUCAUCGAAACCGCAUUGCUUGGAGCUUACGCCAAAUGCGGCGUCGUUCGGGACGCACGUUACCUGUUUGAUUCAAUGCCUGAAAGAAAUGUUGUGACUUGGAAUGCUAUGAUCAGUGGGUACUUGAGAAAUGGAGACACGGAAUCUGCUUCACUUCUGUUUGAGGAGAUGCCGUGGAAAACCCAAGUGACUUGGAGUCAGAUGAUUCGUGGGUUUGCUAGGAAUGGGGAUGUUGACACUGCUAGGAAGUUGUUUGAUAGGGUUCCACAUGAGGUGAAGGAUGUGGUAACAUGGACUGUGAUGGUCGAUGGGUAUGCUAGAAAAGGGGAUAUGGAAGCUGCCAGGGAGAUCUUUGAGGUGAUGCCUGAAAGGAAUUGUUUUGCAUGGUCAUCUAUGGUUUUUGGGUAUUUCAAGAAGGGAAAUGUUACUGAGGCUGAAAAUGUUUUCAAUCAAGUUCCGGUUCAAAAUUUGGAGAUUUGGAAUUCCAUGAUAGCUGGCUAUGUCCAGAAUGGAUUUGGUGAGAAAGCACUGGAAGCUUUUGAGGAAAUGGGGGUCGAAGGGUUUGAGCCAGAUGAGUUCACUGUUGUUAGUGUUUUAUCUGCUUGUGCUCAGCUGGGGCGCUUGGAUGUUGGUAAGCAAAUUCAUUACAUGAUAAAACAUAAAGGGAUAACUGUGAAUCAGUUUGUUUUGAGUGGAUUGGUUGACAUGUAUGCGAAAUGUGGUGACUUGGUCAAUGCAAGGUCGGUUUUUGAAGGGUACACUGAGAGGAACAUCUUUUGCUGGAAUGCCAUGAUUUCGGGUUUUGCCAUCAAUGGAAAAUGCCGAGAGGUUCUUGAGUUUUUUGGCAGGAUGGAGGAUUCAAGUAUGAGGCCUGAUGCUGUCACCUUUCUUACUGUACUCUCGGCUUGUGGUCAUGAGGGUUUGGUAAGGGAAGCUUUGGAAGUGAUAUCUAAAAUGAGGGCAUGUGGAGUUGAAAUAGGCAUCAAGCAUUACGGAUGCAUGGUUGACCUGUUGGGCAGAGCAGGAAGAUUAAAGGAUGCUUAUGACCUGAUAAAAAGAAUGCCAACGAAAUCUAACGACACAGUUUUGGGAGCAAUGCUAGGUGCAUGCCGGAUUCAUUCAGAUAUGAAAAUGGCAGAACAAGUAAUGAAAUUGGUCGGUUCAGACUCUGCUACAGGUGUUAAUUCCCACAAUGUGCUUUUGUCUAAUAUCUAUGCAGCGUCUGAAAAAUGGGAGAAAGCUGAGAGGAUGAGGAGGGUCAUGGAAGUUGGAGGGUCUCAAAAGACACCCGGGUGUAGUUCCUUAGUCUUUAGCGACUCUUGUGGGUUUAAGUGAAGAAAUCUCACA